GCUAUUAUAAUCGUUUGUUCAUCAUCGAUUUUUAUUUAAUGUCUGCAAAAAGUCCCUGUUAAUUCUCGUCGUCCAAUAGUUCGAGCCAUAGACGUCGGGUGUUGGAGGAGGGUGGUUGAGCUGGAGGCAUGGCCGUGUAAGUGAAGGGGGCGUUCCCUCCAGACCUGCUGAGCUCCGAGGUCACCGCCGUCAGACACGUUCUCGCCCGCUACGGAGAGAGGAGCACCGAGCAAGGACGUCACAGCGGGAUAUUCCUCCUCGCGAUGCCUUCCGUGGAAAGACUUUACUGAGAAUACAAGCUGACUAAAAACAAAAUAAAACUUUAGGCUUGUUGUAUUCUAUUCUCAUAUACUAUCUGCCGUGUUCCUCUGUGUAUGAGGCUGAUCUAGCGUCGCGCCUGGUCUCGCCGUCUCUGCGCGUGUCUCAACGUAGCCCCGGCCGGCUUUGUUCGAUUUUUGACAGCAGUAGCCUCUACUCGUUACCGCUACCGACAUGGACCGUUCAGAGAGGGACAACCGAUCAGACGAGGAAACCGAAUACGAAGAGGAGGAGAUGGAUCCUAGGAUCCAGGGAGAGCUGGAGAAACUUAACCAGUCCACAGACGCCAUCAACAGAUGUGAAACUGAACUGGAGAGCGCCAGGCAGAGGUUCCGCUCUGUGCUGGUGGAGGCCACCCUGAAGCUGGACGAGCUGCUGAAGAAGAUCGGGAAGGCAGUGGACGAGUCCAAGCCCUACUGGGAGGCCCGCAGGGUGGCUAGACAGGCCCAGCUAGAGGCCCAGAAGGCCACCCAGGACUUCCAGAGGGCGGCGGAGGUGCUGCGGGCCGCCAAGGAGACCAUCUCCCUGGCCGAGCAGCGGCUGCUGGAGGAGGACCACAGGCAGUUCGACUCGGCCUGGCAGGAGAUGCUCAACCACGCCACCCAGCGGGUGAUGGAGGCGGAGCACACCAAGACUCGGAGUGAGCUGGUGCACAAGGAGACGGCGGCCAAGUACACCGCCACCAUGAGUCACAUGAAACAGCUGGAGAAGAAACUCAAACGCACCAUCAACAAGUCCAAGCCAUACUUUGAGAUGAAGGCUAAAUAUUACCUGCAGCUAGAGCACCUGAAGCAAAAGGUGGAUGACCUGCAGGCCAGACUCUGUCAGGCCAAGGGCCAGUACAAGGGGGCCCUCAGAAGCCUGGAGGUGAUCUCAGACCAGAUCCACGAGCGCCGGCGCUCCAGCGCCAUGGGCCCGCGGGGCCGGGGCGUCGGUGCAGAGGUGGACGGUGUUGCCUCGGAGACGGACGAAGGCUCUAUAAGCUCGGUGUGUCUGGAGGAGGAGGUGUUUGGCGGCGGCGGCAGCAGCCUCAUGUCCGAGGAGGACUCGGACACCCACUCCCUCUGCAGCCUGGGCUCCUCUCCCACCACCCCCCUGGACAUCCUCUCUCCUUAUUCCUUCACAGGCUCCUCCUGCUCCUCCUCCUGCUCCUCCUCCUCCACCUGCUCCACGUCGUCCGCCAGCCCCUCCCCUUCCCCGUCGCCCUCCUCCACCUCCUCGUCCUCGUCCCCGGCCCAGUCGUCGAGGCCCUGCAGCCUGGACCUCCCCGGCCCCGCCUCGAUGGCCGGCCUGGGCCUGGUGUCCCCCGUGCUGGGUCCUCGCAGCCAGUGCAGCGGGGCCUCGUCCCCGGAGUGUGACCUGGAGAGAGGUGACCGGGCGGAGGGUGCAGAAGGCAGCCAGGACGUCCCCUCCACUAACAGCAGCAGCAGCAGCAGCCGCAGCUCCACUGGCCCCAAAAAGACCCUCAGCCUGGAGGGGCGCUUCAGCUUCCUCAACCUACGCCGUCCGCGAGCCAACGCCAUCAAACCGGCGGCCGCGGGGCCCAGUCCAGCCGUGGUACUGGUCAAUGGAGUCUAGGGAAGGGGCAUGAGAGGGAGGGGGGAGGGAGAGGAGUUGAUCGCACCACCUCUGACUCAUAUUCUAUGUUUUGAAAAAUGUACCAGUUUGGACUACUACGAGAGCGUCCAUGUUGGCUCAACAGUGAACUGCUAGGGAAGGCGUCCAUAUUGGCUCUGCAGUGAACUGCUAGGGAAAGCGUCCAUAUUGGCUCUGCAGUGAACUGCUAGGGAAGGCGUCCAUAUUGGCUCUGCAGUGAACCGCUAUUGGGGGCGUCCAUGUUGGCUCUGCAGUGAACUGCUAUGAGGAGCGUCAAUGUUGGCUCUGCAUUGAACCGCUAUCGUGGGCGUCCAUGUUGGCUCUGCAUUGAACUGCUAUGGGGAGCGCCCAUGUUGGCUCUGCAGUGAACCGCUAUGGGGAGCGCUGUAAACGGAGGCCCCUUAACGUUGGACGACGCUGAUGGAUGUGACUCCUAUGUUGUAGGAGUGAAAGACUGGACCGUGAGGAACAGGUGGUGUUCGCUGAAGGGGAUGGGAGGAGAACAGAGACAAACGUUUGUCCUAGUGUUAUGUUUUUCGUACUUUUUGUGUUAGCAUUUUUAUUUUACACUCUCAAAGAGGACCUGCUGUUCUUGUCUCAGACAAAAAAUGAUAAAGACACACAAGUAGCCUGGACAUAACACUGAGUCUGAGAAUUCUAACAAUAAGUGUUGUCUAUGCUUCAUAUUACAGCAUUGGGAUUAUAAGUAAAUAUCAAAAUCAAGUGGGUUGUUCUUGUGCAUGUCUGUGCCAUUUAUCUUUUGAAUCCAUGAAAGUGUUGUCAUGGUAAAAGGAUUACGUAUAAAUCUUCUACUUGUGGUUGUACUGAAAGACUGCAAAUUAUGAAACGAAAAUGGCCACUGCUGAACAUUGAGUAUACUCCUAAACCUUACUAAAGGGGCAUUAUCAUGUAUGUACUAGUAUUCAUUAAGAGAUAAUGAAUACUAAUGCUUUUUAUGAUGGUGAACUUGAGAUACAAUUUAGCAGCAAGAAUUGUUGCAGUUGUGUGCUAAAAGUCUGUUAGAUGUGUGUCUCAACUGUACUGAUUUAAACUUACUGUUGAAACGAUAAUUGCGUCUUUCACUGCCAGUCUCAAAUCAUCAAAUAUUCUUCAGCCAUACCACUAAAGCAUCAUUUGAUACUGAAUGUUAGCAUAUAGCUAAUGUGGUGGCAAUGGGUUUUCUUUAAGGAAUGUGACCAACUCAAAAAAAGACUGCUUCCCAAACACCGGAAGAACCUCCUCCAGCCCUCUGAACAAAUCAUCAGUUUGAAGUUGAACCGUUUCACACCCCUCUUUCCUUGCUUCUCUUGGUGCCUGGAUAAAAGAAGUGGUUAAAAAUGUACGCAAGCUUCUGCAUUCUGUGAUAUUUUCCAGGCUGUUUCUGUAAAAAGAAGAGUGAAUUUACAGGACUAUAUUUGUGUAAUUGUCAAUGUUUUGUAUGUAAGAUUUAGUAUGUCUCCUACAGUGUGCAUUUAUUUUUCUAGUGAGUUGUGCUUCACAUGUUUUUUUUUAAUUUCAGAUGAGAGUCAAAUAAACAAUUGCUGAGCAGUU